GGAUACUAUAAAACAAGACUCUGGCUAGUAGGCUAGUAGCAAGCUCCGUAAUCCCCCAUACCAUCCCUUCAUUCUCUACAUUCAUUCCAUAAUUCCUUCCGAUACGCGAUACCUCCCUCCCUUACUUUUUGGCUGCGGUGUUGUCAAAAGGAGAAAACUUGCUGACUUGCUCUAACACCCACACAUGCCCAUACCCAACUCAAUCCCAUGAUCCCCCCACACACACACGCACCAAUAACGUCUCCUGCUCCUGGUCCAAAACCAAACCCCCAACCCAAUCGAGCCAACUCUCAACAUAUAUCUUUUUCGGCGUCCACAAUCUACAUCCAUCUUCGUUUCUCUUUGAUCACACGAACUUAGAUAGGGGUCCUCAGAAAGUACCACAGGCUUGUGUUUGAAGCAUCCAAACAGAAGAAAAAAAAUAAACUGCGAGAUUUUCUUUAUGGAAAACAACCACCAAUCCCAACCUCUGCAGCCCACCAAAGCCUCCAGAUUCAAGCGCGUAUGUGUUUUUUGUGGCAGCAGUCCUGGCAAGAAUCCCAGUUACCAGCUGGCUGCUAUUCACCUCGCCAAUCAGCUGGUUGAAAGGAACAUUGACCUUGUUUAUGGAGGUGGAAGCAUUGGGUUGAUGGGAUUAGUCUCCCAAGCUGUCUUCAAUGGUGGCCGCCACGUGUUAGGGGUGAUUCCCAUAACGCUUAUGCCCAGAGAGAUAACCGGAGAGACUGUUGGAGAGGUGAGGCCUGUGACUGGAAUGCACCAAAGAAAAGCUGAAAUGGCUCGACUGGCAGACGCAUUUAUAGCCUUACCUGGUGGCUACGGCACCUUGGAGGAGCUCCUAGAAGUUAUCACUUGGGCUCAACUGGGGAUCCAUGACAAACCGGUAGGUUUGCUGAAUGUGGACGGGUAUUAUAAUUCCCUUUUGUCUUUCAUAGACAAAGCUGUGGAUGAGGGCUUCAUUACUCCCUCUGCUCGUCAUAUAAUCGUCUCUGCCCAAACUGCUCAUGAACUCAUCUCCAAGCUUGAGCAGUAUGUUCCAAAGCAUAACGGGGUUGCUUCCAAGCUAAGCUGGGAGAUGGAGCAGCAAUUGGUAUACACAAAAAAAUCGGACAUUGCUCGUUGACGGUCCCCGUCGGCUUGAAGGGGUAAUUUUAACUCAAAUGUCAAGUCUUUAUUUGACCGUACAUACGAUACGAAUGAUGGAUCAUCCACAAGAAUGAAUGGCAGAGUCAACAGGGAACAUUUUACUCCUGCAGAGUCCAGAGCAAGAUGUGUAGGACGAUAGAUAGUACGUAUGGUUAAUUGUAGCAUUUGAGGCCACGGUUGUUUUGUGGUAUCAUAUUGCGGAUCAGUAGGAGAGGUUUUUAUUCAAUUUCGUCUCCUUCUUUUCUGAUUGAUUUGAAAUGUUAGCACUAACCUGGUAAAAAAAGGGGAGAUUCUCUAAGUUUGUCAAUAACACUUAUAGAGUAUUUGUUUGGAGAAUUGAUUGGCAGUGCUCUGUAUGUUUGACUUGGAACUGCUCUGGCUGACUACUUUACUCGGUGCAAAUCAUCUAUCCUCUUUCUA